AUGAAUUAUAAUUUGACCAGGUUGAUUUCUCCUUUAAUAUUGAGAAAUUAUAGUAAAGCAAAUAUCCUCAGACCUAAAAGAGUGAGAACAAAAAAAGAUAUGGAGGCAAAAUGUAGAGAAGAUCCUGUUGUAAUCAAACUCAACACUCCUGAAUUUCAUAAUAUUUUCUCACAAGAAGUACUUGAUUUAAAAAAGCUUUUUGAUAAAUAUCAGUAUGAAAUAAGGAUUGCUGGAGGGGCCGUAAGAGAUUUGUUGCUAGGUCAACCAGCGAAAGACUUAGAUUUUGCUACUACUGCUACCCCAGAGCAAAUGAAAGAAAUGUUUACUGUUGAGAAUGUCCGAAUGAUUAACAUGAGUGGAGAGAAGCAUGGAACAAUCACACCUAGGAUCAAUGAUAAGGAAAACUUUGAAGUCACUACACUUAGGAUAGACAUGGUUACAGAUGGAAGGCAUGCUGAAGUAGAAUUCACUAAAGAUUGGAAAUUGGAUGCUAAUAGACGAGAUCUUACAAUUAAUUCAAUGUUUCUUGGAUUUGAUGGAUCAGUGUAUGAUUAUUUUUAUGGGUAUGACGAUCUGCAAAAGAGAAGGGUUGCGUUUGUUGGUGACCCAGAUGUUCGAAUCAAAGAAGAUUAUUUAAGAAUUAUGAGAUAUUUUAGAUUUUAUGGAAGGAUUGCAGAAAAUCCUAAUAAUCAUGAUCAAAAUACACUCAAUAUUAUAAAAAAAAAUAUAGAUGGCUUACAAAAUGUGUCUGGAGAAAGAAUUUGGAUGGAAUUAAAAAAGACAUUAGAAGGAAACUUUGCUGGUGACUUGUUAAAAACUAUGUUGAGUUUAGGUAUUGGACAAUAUAUAGGUAUACCAAAUCCUAAUUUAGAAGAACUGAAGAAGUUAUUAAAAAGAAGUCAACAUUUAGGUUUAUAUCCAAUGACUUAUUUAGCUGCACUCUUACAAAAUAUAGAUGAUGUGACAGUACUGCACAGUAGGCUAAAAUUUUCCAGCUAUGAUAGAGACAUGGCGUACUUCAUUGUAGAAAAUAGAGAUGACAAGACAGGCUCUAGACCGUUAUUACCAUAUGAGAAAUUAGUAUUAAACACUAAAAUCAAACAAAAAGAAGCUGUUGAAUAUGUGAGAGAGGUUCUGAAAUAUAAAGGAGAUGAAAAGCUUUUAGAGGAAUUUAAUAAUUGGGAAAUACCGAAAUUUCCAGUGACUGGUAAAAUUUUAAAGGAGAGUGGAGUCCCUCCAGGCAAAAUGUAUGGACCAAUUAUGAAUAAAUUGAAAGAUCUUUGGAUUGAAAAUGAGUAUAAACAUACCACAGAAGACUUAGCUAAAAUAAUACCAAGUAUUAUUGAAGAAUUUCAAAGAAAA